CGGCAAACAAUCACCUCCCUCCCAGCCUUCACAGGUACAAUGAGAAGGGCAGUUAACACAAAACAGGAAGCACCAGCUCAGAGCUCUGUGGCAGGACAGAACGGCCUGUCGCCCUGAGGGAGGAGUUGUGUAAUGCUCCUUAUUUGGAAGAAAGAGAUCACAUGGGCUGCCGCGUCUGAACAACAGUUGUGAAGAAGUCAGAGAACUUCGAACUCUGCCGAGCCCAGGAGACUUGGGGUGAGACAGAGAGAAAAAGACUCAAAAAACAAAACACAGAGCACAUGGUGUGAGGGGAAAAUGCCCACCAACUUUACAGUGGUGCCAGUGGAGGAUACCCCAUUAUCAGAUCCAGACUAUGAUGGAGAUAUACUGAAAGAAGAGGACAAGGAGGAGCCAGAUAUGGUAGCAGAACCCUACUCAGGUGAGGAUACCCUCAGGGAAACCAGCUCCUUAAUUAGUACAGAUCAUGAUGACAGCAUCUACGGCAAGAAUAUGGCUCUCUAUGAGGACGAGAUGGACAGCACUCCGAUGGUGUCAUCCCUUCUCAACAAACUUGCCAACUACACUAACAUAACCCAGGGGGUCAUCGAGCAUGAGGAGGCUGAGAGUGAGGAUGGGAUUCAGAGAGUCGCCGUGAAGGGCCCUCAGAUGGGAACAUUUAUAGGAGUGUUCCUGCCCUGCAUGCAGAACAUUCUGGGUGUAAUUCUGUUCCUGCGGCUCACGUGGAUAGUGGGUACCGCGGGAAUCUUGGAGGCCCUUGCUGUCAUCUUUAUGUGCUGUUCUUGUACCAUGCUGACUGCAAUUUCAAUGAGUGCCAUUGCGACUAAUGGUGUAGUGCCUGCUGGUGGCUCAUACUACAUGAUUUCCAGAGCAUUAGGCCCAGAGUUUGGAGGAGCAGUGGGUCUGUGUUUCUACCUGGGCACCACAUUUGCAGGUUCUAUGUACAUAUUAGGAACCAUGGAAAUUUUUUUGACAUACAUCAUGCCCACUGCCAAUGUGUUUAAAGCGCAGGAGUCAUAUUGGAUGCAAAAUAACAUGCGUAUUUAUGGCACAUGCUGUUUAGCUAUCAUGACCCUGGUAGUGUUUGUUGGAGUGAAAUAUGUCAACAAACUGGCCUUGAUCUUCCUGUCCUGUGUGGUGCUGUCAAUUAUGGCCAUUUAUGCAGGCGUCAUCCAAAGCGCAAUCAAGCCUCCCAAUUUUAAAAUCUGUCUACUAGGCAACCGCCUCUUGAAAAAUUAUGAUUUUGACAAGUGUCUAAAGACGGAGGUCAUCGACAAUGUAACCCGCCCUACCGAACUGUGGAAUCUUUUUUGCAAAGGUGACUUAGGAAAUGCAACAUGUGAUGAGUACUUCACCCUUCACAAUUUGACAGAGAUUCAGGCUGUUCCUGGCUUGCUCAGCACGGCCAUAUCAGAGAACAUGUGGGGGGGACACUAUGGACAAUACAUGGCGAUAGUGGAGAAGAAGGAACCAAAAUCAGAAUCUGCUUCAGAUAACAUGGACAAGAACAUUUCAAUGCCUUAUGUCUUUAAUGACAUCGCCACCUUCUUCACCCUUCUGGUUGGAAUCUACUUCCCCUCAGUUACAGGAAUCAUGGCUGGAUCGAACAGGUCUGGAGAUCUUAGAGACCCUCAGAGGUCCAUUCCCACUGGCACCAUUCUGGCUAUUGCAACCACCUCCUUAAUCUACGUUUCUUGUGUGGUGUUAUUUGGAGCAUGUAUUGAAGGUGUGGUGUUGCGAGACAAGUAUGGAGACUCAGUUAAGAACACUCUAGUUGUUUCAACACUAGCUUGGCCUUCUUCAUGGGUGAUUGUGAUUGGCUCGUUUUUCUCAUGUUGUGGGGCGGGCCUACAGAGCCUCACUGGUGCUCCCAGGAUCCUUCAGGCUAUAGCUCGAGAUGGCAUCAUGCCAUUCUUAAAGGUGUUUGGUCAUAGUAAAGCUAACGGUGAGCCAACCUGGGCCUUACUCCUAACUGCAGCCAUCUGUGAGAUUGGGAUCCUCAUCGCUUCCCUAGAUGAUGUUGCUCCCAUCCUGUCAAUGUUUUUCUUGAUGUGUUACCUCUUUGUAAACCUGGCCUGUGCUGUCCAAACACUUCUACGCACCCCAAAUUGGAGGCCAAGAUUCAAGUUCUACCACUGGUCCCUCUCUUUCCUUGGGAUGAGCCUGAGUCUCUCCCUCAUGUUUGUCUCAUCUUGGUUCUAUGCUUUGUUUGUCAUACUGAUUGCUGGAUGCAUCUACAAGUACAUUGAAUACAGAGGGGCAGAGAAGGAAUGGGGAGAUGGGAUUCGAGGAUUAUCCCUUAACGCAGCUCGUUAUGCCUUAAUAAAACUGGAAGAGGCGCCACCUCACACAAAGAACUGGAGACCUCAGCUGCUGGUGCUCCUAAAGUUGGACUCUGACCUGGGGGUAAAACAUCCACGUCUGCUUUCCUUUACCUCACAGCUGAAGGCUGGGAAAGGCCUGACUAUCGUUUGCUCAGUGCUGGAGGGCACCUACAUGGCUCGUGGGGCAGAUGCUAAGCUCUCUGAACAGAAUAUCAAAGCAGCCAUGGCAAAAGAUAAAACUAAGGGUUUCUGUCAUGUGGUGGUGUCCUCUAAUCAGCGGGAUGGUUUCUCUCACCUGAUCCAGUCCGCAGGCCUGGGUGGCAUGAAACACAAUGCUGUGCUGGUGGCCUGGCCCGCCAAUUGGAAACAGUCAGAGAGCUCCCUCUCCUGGAAGAACUUCAUUGAAACCAUCAGAGAGACAACAGCUGCCCACCAGGCCCUGUUAGUGGCGAAAAACAUUGAUACAUUUCCCACAAACCAGGACCGGUUAGCUGAGGGUACCAUUGAUGUCUGGUGGAUUGUCCAUGAUGGUGGUCUACUCAUGCUUCUUCCGUUCCUGCUCCGCCAGCACAAGGUUUGGAGAAAGUGUAAGAUGAGGAUCUUCACAGUGGCUCAGAUGGAUGACAACAGCAUCCAGAUGAAGAAAGACCUGCAGACGUUCUUGUACCACUUGCGUCUUGAAGCGAAGGUGGAAGUUGUGGAAAUGCAUGCAGGCGAUAUCUCGGCCUUCACCUAUGAGAAGACCCUUGUGAUGGAACAACGCUCUCAGAUGCUGAAGCAGAUGCAGCUUUCUAAGACAGAGCGGGAGAGAGAGAUUCAAAGCAUCUCAGAUGAAUCCCGGAAUUCCAUCAGGAGGAAGCCCUGCGGCCAGAAAACAUCUCACAAGAAUAAGUCACAAGUGCCAACUGUAAUUCUGGACGAGCCUCAGCUGAUUCAUGACAGGAACACUAAAUCACAUGCCGUUCAGAACGACAAGCCCACACCCACGUCCGACCGGGUCCAUAUGACCUGGACCAAAGAGAAGCUGAUUAGUGAGCGCAACCGCCUUCGGGAGGCCAACAUGACUGUGCGGGACAUCUUCAAUAUGAAACCAGAGUGGGAGAAUCUGGAUCAGACUAAUGUGAGAAGAAUGCACACUGCAGUGAAACUGAAUGAGGUUGUAGUUAACAAAUCCCAGGGAGCCCAACUGGUGCUGCUGAACAUGCCAGGACCACCCAAAAACCAGGGCGGGGAUGAGAACUACAUGGAGUUCCUGGAGGUCCUCACAGAUGGAUUGGAGCGGGUGCUGCUGGUCCGAGGUGGUGGCAGGGAGGUCAUCACCAUUUACUCGUAGCAUCAUGCAGGAACAUACACCGAGGAGAGCAUUUCUGUCAGGAGAAGCUGUCCAGAGCUGCAGAUACUGUACAAAUGGGCUCAUGACAGGAAGUCCCACUCCAGCUGCAGGCCAGCACAGCACAUUUGAGGAUUCUUCUCAUUUCCGUCUCAUUUAGCGCUGUCCAAUUGUGAUCAGAUCGACGAAAACGCAUUUUAAUACCAGGUGUAAACGGAUGCUGUAAUAUGUGAUCCAUAUUAAUCAUUUAAAUAGAGACAGGCCAAAGACCUAGAUGUAUCCAAUUAGACUUGAGAGUGGCAUCAGCUGUCUUAUUGCUGAGAUAUGUAACUCUAAGGGACAGUGUUUGAAUCAUUAAAGUGUUUGUAUUUGUAAUUUAUAUGUGUUAAAUAUGUAGUUUUUCAUCUCAUCGCAUUCUUCUGCUGAGUUUUCAUAUCAGUGUUGCUUACAGUGAUUUUAUCAUUAGCCAAACCUUAAAUCUGUCAGUAUUGAAUAUUUCAUAGUUUUAAUACUACUUUUUUCCCCUAAAUUGUUUGCUAUUCAUUUCAUGACACUGGCAAUAUUUUUCUCAAAACAAAUAUGUAUAAUUUAUAUGAAUGUUUUUUUUACAUAUUUUAUAUUAAAAAGGCUUUCACAAGUGUCUGUCAUAAAGGUAAAUUCAAAGUUCAU